AUGUGGCCGAGCUCACUGUUGCAUUUCUUGCUCGUCGAGCUUCGCGUCGCCUACGCGUUCUAUUUCAGCAUGAUGAACUUGAUCACCACGAUUGCAACUCAGGUCGCGCUGAGCUACAAGCAAGUCGACUCAUAUCCCCCGGAGUUCUUGCACGGCAGUGCGGCAGCAAUGGCCGAGUGCAACGCGGUUGGGGUGCACCAGGCAGUUCACUCGUUGAACCUUGCAUUCACUGCGUCGAGCAACUGCAUCGACUUCUCACAACAUCCUUCUAACUACUUCGGCUACGGCUCCCUCACCACCCAGGCAAUUACCGCAUUCCUCUGUUUUUCAGCACUUUUUUUGUAUCUACGCGACGGCGGGAGCUGGAGCUUCUCAAGUGGUGCAUAUGUGUCUUUUACCUACCACUUGGAGCAACACUUGAUGUACAAGAUAGCGGGCAAGCUUGUUGUGUGGUGGGUGAUUGUAGGAUUUGUUUCGAUGGCAUAUAUGUUCCAUGCUCACUUGGUUGGAGGAUCCACCGGCAUGGCCUUUGUGCGGCAGUAUUGGCUGCCUUCUUUGGGCCUCCUUUUCAGUGCUCAUUCCCUCACGGUCCAGGAGCCAAUCCUCUUCUGCCAUGACAGUGACAGGUUCAAGGAGCUGACCUUCCACAGGCCAUGGUAUACGGUUCUGUUCCAAUCCAACGAUGCUUUCGCAGUGAAGAUCCAGAACGCGAUGCUGAUGGACUUACGGUCACAGGAGCGGCCCCCGCCUGAAUUGUCGAACUUGAUGCCAGAUGCAGACCCAGAUCAGAUCUUAGGCUUGUUGGCAAACGAUGAGGGACAGUUGGGAGGAUACGAGCAGAUCUUUUCGGAGUGA